ACUAAUUAUGUGUAUUUGUCUUUUAGUACAUGUGGUUACCAGAUCAAAAAGAUCCAGUAGUCAGAUUGACAUUUUGAAAAAUAAGCUAGCAAAUCUUCAAGGCUUGCUUCAACAAAUAGAAAAAGGUGAAGAACAAGCUAUAAAAACAACUCUGCCACCUACAGUGAAACCAGAGUCGAUUAACAAGGCCAAGGAAUCAGCAAUGGUUACAUCUAAGACCACUGACAGUGAUAAGUCUGACGAUAGUCUAACAUCAGAUGAAGUGGCUGUUUUAAUGUCGAUCAACAAGGCCAAGGAAUCAGCAAUGGUCACAUCCAAGACCAUCGACAGUGAUAAGUCUGACGAUAAUCUAACAUCAGAUGAAGUGGCUGUCUUAAUGGUAAGUCGAUCAACAAGGCCAAGGAAUCAGCAAUGGUUACAUCCAAGACCACUGACAGUGAUAAGUCUGACGAUAGUCUAA